AGGAGGAAGAACCAGCGCUCAGCAUCUGGCUGAUUUUCAAGUGCACGCGGAGCAGCGCUUCAGGCAGCCUUGGGUCGGAACAAGCCCGCUCGGACUUAAGCAAAUGCAGAGGCCAGCACGAGUCACCGACGGCGGGCCCGGGGCGGGGCCGGCCCCACACGCUGAGAGGCAAGGAGGCCGAGAGGCCGCGGGUUAGGAAAUGUGACCUUGGCGACCCCGAACGCCUCCGCCUCCCUCGCUCGCUGCUCCACCUGCCCACGGAGUGCGCCGAGCCGCUGGCGGAGGCGAUGGCUAGCCCUGCGCCCUUAGUGGCCUCUAUCAACCACCAAAUGGUGGCUCUGCAGACCCUGCAGCUGCUGCAGCAGGAGUGGGGCUGGGGGGACGGUCCGGGCGCCCCCGGGAGCUUGCGGGACCCGGACCACGUGUCCGCCGCCCCAGCGCGUCGCUCAGGCCCGCGGCGGGCCAGGCCCGGGCGCGAGGAGGGGGGCGGGGACAAGGGGGCCAGGAAUGCGGGGUCGGGGACUCGGGGGAGCUUCCCCGAGGUGGAAGAGGUGCGAGGCGCCGAAGGGGGCGCGGAGCUGCUGCCCUUCCCCCGGGGCCGCGGGCCCUGCAGCCUGGCCCGGAUGGCGAUGCGCAGCGCGCUGGCCCGCGUGGUGGACUCGACCUCGGAGCUGGUCAGCGUGGAGCAGACGCUGCUGGGCCCCCUCCAGCAGGAGCGGUCCCUCCCCAUCCACCUGAAGGAUAGUGUUGAGUUUAGAAACAUCUGCAGUCAUCUGGCUCUACAGAUUGAAGGACAGCAGUUUGACAGAGAUUUGAAUGCUGCCCACCAGUGUUUGAAGACAAUAGUCAAGAAGCUAAUUCAGUCACUUGCUAAUCUUCCUUCGGAUGCCCACGUGGUAGCCUGUGCUUCCUUGAGACAGAUCUUACAGAAUCUCCCAGACAUAUGAGUGUUCAAGACACCGGAAUUAAAACCACAGCUGGCACUGCUCAGCGAACCGGGUACCUUUCCUUCCUAACUGAAUCAGCAGACAGUGGAUGUUUUUAUUCCCAGUAAGGACAGGCUUGAUAGCAUAUAUAGCAGUCUGACCAGUGACAUCUGUACUCUUCAGAAUUAUAACAUGUUGGGGAAAAUUUUUUAAAGCAAUAGUUCACAUUUGUAAAUAUGUUGACAUAUUUGUUGACUUUUUGAUUGAAAUAUAUUCCACGUUGUGGAAUUGUUGGAUUAUAUAUGUAUAUAUAUUUAUUAAUUUGUAUUAAGUAUUAAUUUUAAUCAAAUGAUACCUUAAUCUAUAUUCAUAUUACUGUAGGCCUAUGAGGUUUAAUAUGGGCAUAUAUGAUUAAAGCUCCAUGUUUCUUAAAAUUAUCUUGAAUAAAUGGGAUAUUUGAUAAUUGAUAUGUUUUACUUACUGAGUGGUUCGUUUUAUGUUAUGAGAAUGAUCUUUAGAGGUUGUGGGACCACAUGUGUCAGUAAUUAUGAGUUCCAGUUCUGGCAUUAAUAACUUACUGAUGGGCAGAAGAAGAGCUGCUGCUAAAUCUUGUGCUUUCAUAUACUGAUUUGUAAAUUUAAAAUGAUAAUGAGCUCUGAAGUACCAAGGACAUAUGAUAU